UCUGUCCAGCAUAAAAAAAGAAAAUAAAAAUCCAGUCUUUAUAGGCCAUAUUAUUAGUUCAUUCACAUAUAUAUACAUCAUUCUUUUACUUCCUCUCUUCUUUCUCUUCACUUCACCUAUACAAAACACACACAUAUAUAAAUAUAUAUAGAUAUAUACAUAAGAGAAUGAGUUCAGAAGGCUGUAGCAGCAGUGAAUCCGGGUGGACAAUGUACAUAGACUCUCCAAUGCAGGAAGAUGAAGGUGAUUGCAGCACUAGUUAUAAUAAUAAUAAUGAAGGUGAGAAGAAGAAGUUUCUUACUAAAUACCGCCACACCGAUGCUGAGGAUGAAGAUGGCGUUCGCAGUGAUGAUUCAAUGGCUUCUGAUGCUUCUUCUGGUCAUACACAUCAUUACAACAACAAUGUUAAAUCACACCAUAGUAAAGAGGCUUCUAGGCUCAAGCAGGAUAAGAAGACAUUUUCUACUACUAACAAGAAAGGUAAAAAAGAGAAAACAGUUAGUGAAAAAAGUAGAAGAAAAUGAACAUCAUUUAAUUCAUGUUCAAAGGCUUCAUAGUUUUGUAUUAUGUGCAUCCCACCCAUCUUCCUUCUUCUCAGAUUCAAUCCUUGAAAAAUUGAUGGAAAUGGAAAUAUGGAAAUACAUUGUGAAAACUUUUCAGUUUUCAUUGUAAUUGAAUGGAAUUCUUUUUCUUC